UAUUUGUACGCAAGGGCGAAGAGUGUGUUCACGGUAUGGUCAUCUACGUAUGCUCGUCCGGUUUCAUGUCAACGUUCUGCGUAUCCUGCUCGGAAAUCAUAAUUGACAAGUGCAGGAACGAAGUCGUCGUACAACAAAUUCACGCGAAUAUGUGUUGGUAAUAGUAAAGUGGCAAUAGCAACACUGAUAUUCAGUAGUAAUAGUAACUGUAAUGAAGGUAAUAUCAGUGGCGACUACAGUGGUAGUAGUGGUGGUGACGGUGAUGGUGGUGGUGCUAGUGGAGAUAAGUGCGGGGGACUGAAUGCAUAUCAACGAAUUUCAUGUCCCACGAAACACUUUCUCGUGGUUCACGUCGUAGAGAAUGUGCGGUGUAAUCUAAGGUGUCGUGAAUUUGACGAUUGGUACAAUGUUAAAGGAUUAUUCGCCGAUUGUACAGGCGCUCCUAGGAACGUUAUUUACAUGGGCUCUCACUGCAGCGGGUGCCGCACUUGUCAUCGUGAUUCGAGGAAAGCAACGUAAAUUGUUGGACAUCAGCCUGGGAUUUGCGGGCGGCGUAAUGAUAGCGGCAAGUUACUGGUCGCUACUGGCACCUGCUAUCGAAAUGGCGACAAAGAGCAAAAUUUACGGUGCUGAAGGCGAAUACGCGUUCGUACCAAUCGGAGUUGGAUUUCUCAUAGGCGCGGCUUUCGUUUAUGGGACGGACGCGUUGAUAUCUUCCCUUGGCAUUCAGUCCCCCAAUGUGCUUUUAGCUAUGCAGUCAGUCGGUUUCUAUGAGCAAAAUACCCGAAGACGUCAAAUUGCGAAUAUAAACAGGCCAACAGAGCAAGGAGAAAUAGGCACGAUUUACGAUGAUCCCAACAACGAAUGUAGAAACAAUCAAUGGAAAAGAGUAUUGUUAUUGGUUGUUGCCAUCACGGUACACAAUAUUCCAGAAGGUCUUGCAGUUGGAGUAGGAUUCGCAGCAGUAGGUAACAGUGCAUCAGCAACUUUUGAAAAUGCAAGAAACCUCGCAAUCGGAAUCGGUAUUCAAAAUUUUCCCGAGGGAUUGGCGGUGUCUUUGCCCCUGCAAGCGGCUGGGAUCAGCACACUGAAGAGCUUCUGGUACGGGCAACUGUCGGGGAUGGUGGAACCUCUGGCCGGCGUCCUUGGCGCAGCCGGAGUGACGUUCGCUGAACCCGUGCUACCUUACGCGCUCGCCUUCGCAGCCGGUGCAAUGAUCUAUGUCGUGAUCGACGAUAUUGUUCCGGAAGCGCAUCAAAGUGGAAACGGUAAACUCGCCAGCUGGGCCGCCAUCGUUGGCUUUUUGGUAAUGAUGUCCCUAGACGUCGGAUUAGGGUAAAACGAUUGAUCGUGCGAAAUUGUGAGGCGUAAAAUACGAACGCCAAAAUCGAUUUCGUGUUCGUUCGCAAGUCGACGCGUAUUAUUAUUUUUCAAGUAUUAACUCGAGCAAUUCCUAAGACGAAUUCGCUUUCUUUUAAUUCGCCGCUCUUUCGAAAUACAGCGGUCGCUCGGUAUCGGUCGAAGCCGAGGUUAAACAACUCCCUUCCCCGAGCUUUUGCCGAGCGAAAAGUUGUUUCUAGUUGUUCAAUAGCUAGCGUGUCCCAAUUAUCGUCAAAAUUAUCCAACCGUGUCUUCCAACAAUCUAGUCUUUGUUGAUCCGAUUCGAGAGUCAAUUAUCAUAGUUGAACCAGGCGACGAUCCACGGCGAUUAAGCUUUACAACGUUCUAAGUCGAAUUUGAUGCGACGAUACAAUCAUCGUUUCUAUCCCCUUCCCCCCGCCCUUUCCUUCCUUCCUUCCCUUAUCUUCUCUACGUCGGUAAGUACGAGGUAUGAAAAUAUCGGAAUUGGCGAUUCGUCAAGGAUCGAAUAGAGACGUUCCAGGCAUUUCUAGAAUCUUGUAUUUGGGGCAAAAAUUCAUAACGGUUAAACGGUUGAUGAUUCGGCUGUAACUUACGUUACGCGAGAUUCCACUCUAUAGCUUUCUUUCUUUCGAACGAGGAUUAUUCUGUUCCCGCGAAUAUGCAACACGCGAUAUAACGUCGCAAUCUGUGGAAAAUGUGUUUUCGCACGACAAUCGUUUGCUACACGUUAGAUAAUAGACGCACGCACGUACAUUAUAAUUCUGUAUCCUAUAUCCCGAUCGGUUGGUCGUUCUUGUCGAUCGACUUGAAAACUGGAACGAGUAAAACGUAAAAUCGACGCGUCGCUAUAUAUAUAUAUAUAUAUAUACACCUUAAUACAAUUAGACAUGUAACUAUAAGUUUACAACUGCCAUCUUGCCAUCUUUGUAUAAUAUUUCUCUUUUACCCAAAACGAGUAACGAAGAGCUCUUCUCGAUGUUACCAACUAUUUAGUUUUAUCGAUCUACCGUAGCACCGCACCAGGUAACGGAAUACUCAUCGAUCAUGUUUCGUUUCACGCUCGGCGCUCAACACUUUCUUGUAAAAUAAAAAAAAUACUAUUUUUUCGUACAUAAUAAAUUCAUACGUAGAUAUAAGAGAUUCGCACGUUAUUUGUACAUGUGAGAAGCGCGACUCGUUCCAAGAUAAGUGAAAAAAAAGAAAAAAGAAAAGGAGGAUGUAUAUAUGCGUGCGAUCGAAUAACGCACGGUAUAUAAAACUGUGUAUAUGAUAGUUUAAUCGUGUUCCUAUAAAGAACGAUUCUUAGUUGAAAAGAUUGGAUCUCGAACCAAGACUAAGGAGAAAAGGAGAAGAAAUCGAUCGCCGUUUCCUUUGUAUCGAGGCAACGCGUUUAAAAUACAAUAGUUCAGUGGUCGCAUACUUCGCGAGCGAAGUGGCGCUUUGGAAACCUUCUCCCAACUGUAAACCGAUUACGUUAUACCUAGUAUCGAUAUUAAUAUAACCGUAGACAAUUUAAAAAGUUCUCGAGAUUAGGGAGCGUUUGGUCGGACGAUCGACGUACAAAUACGUACACGUAGCUGGAUACGUAUUUCGUUCGAUCGUAAAUAGGAUUCGGUUAAUUACUCUUACAAGACAUAGCGUUUGUUUGUAUCAAGAGCAAUAAACUUCGAAUUUUACGGAGGGUAAAAUUGGAGGGAAAAAAUUUUAACAAGAUUUUAUCCGUCGUUUCUCGCCCCUCGAUAUACGACGAAAAAAAAAAAACCGUCGGAAAGCGUAUCUCGAGCGAGAGACUAAAAUUUUAAAUCGACAAAGGGGAGGAGGAAAUAAUUGGAUGGUUGCGCAAUUGUCGCGAGUCAAGUUCCCUGUUCGUGUUCGUUCGAUAAUAAGAGGAAGAGCAGCAAGACUCGACGCGCGCCUAAGAGGAAGAUGGAGGAAGGUUAGUCCGGCGAGUUAGCCAAGCUGUUUGUUGGCGGUGAGGUAAGAUUCGGUGAAACGAGCGUGCAGUAUCGGCACGGUGGACGCAAUCCUCGUCUCGCGUCUCGCGUCUCGCGUCUCGCGCCUCCCGUCUCACCCAAGUUGCAUAACCCAAAGAGAAUCGAGGCAUGAAUGGAGCCGAGCGACAAGGACCGGUGCACCGCUCAGUUUCCCGGUGCAACGAGUCGGCAGUCGUGGCUGCCGGGUGGGGAUGGGAACCCAGAGAGAGAGAGA